AGGGAUACGUCAAAUCGUUGUGUUAUUAGUAAAUAAUAUAUCAAUAACAGUUUUUAAUAACUUAACUUACUCUUAAUUAGUUGAAUUGUGAGAUUUCUGUGAACAUGAGUCAUUAAUAAGAAGACAAAUUUUAAAAUGCUCUGGACACCAACAAAAAUAAAGAAAUAUGGAGUGGCUGUCUAUAACUGGAACGGAGAUGUACGAUUUGGCUUGCCUCUGGACAUCGGAGACACAGUACAGAUCCUUGAAGAAUGUCAAGGAUGGUACAGAGGAUUUGCAACUAAAAACAGGUCAAUCAAGGGAAUAUUUCCUUCAAGCUACAUACAUAUCAAGCCAUGCAAGGUGGAAAAUGAAGUAACAUAUGAAACAGUAGUUCCUUUGGAAGAUCCAGUGGUGCGAGAAACAACAUUGGUCUUGAGAGAAUGGAACGGAAUCUGGAAAAACCUUUACGUGGAACGAGAGACAUACAAGUUCCAGACCGUUCGCAAGGUGAUGCGAGACCUGGUAGACUGGCGGAGACAGCUGUUGACCGGAACUCUUACUCAAGACCAGAUGAGAGAACUCAAGCUCAAGAUCACAGCCAAGAUAGACUGGGGAAACAGAAAGCUGGGACUGGACCUUGUACCAAGAUGUGGUGCAGAGAUGGUGGACCCAAGCUCCAUGAGCAUUGUGCAGCUAUAUCAAGUGCACAUGCAGAGCUCAGAAAACUCAGGAGGAGUUACUGCUAGAGGCACCAUGAAGAAGAAGGAGAACAGCAAAAUAUUGACCCAUCACUUGUACCUUUGUAUGAGAGACUACGGCCAGCAUAUGUUUGAGGAUACGGAGAUAUACUUCUCCUUAUACGAUUCUGUCAAGAGUAAAUAUAUCAGUGAAAGGUUUCUAGUCCGAAUAUCAAAAGAAGGUUUUGCAAACUAUGUGGAGAAGCUGAGUAGCAAUUGUACAAUAUUUACAGACUUGGGAAAUGGGGACCUUACCAAAAAUGUGUAUGUCAUUGCCCAUAUUUUGAGGAUAGGCAAAAUGCUCUACUCAUCAAAUCAAAUAUCAAAUAAGAAAGCCAGUACAUCCUCCCAGAGUGGAAACUUCAGUUUUAAGAGGCCGCACGGAGUGGCUGUUCUGAACAUAGAGGAGAUGUUGACCUCCGGAGGUGAAGAGAAGGAGUUUAUGUUCAAAGUCUAUCAGGGGGAGGAGAAGGACUUCCAUCAACUGCACGAUUUUAUAAUUAAAAAACAAAACAAUAAGUUUAGUCAAAUUUCUAGUCAUUAUGGAAUAGCUUUAUCAAUGAGAAUUUUACAUGGAGAGCUGAAUAAAGUGAGGGAAGAAAACCCGCUGUUAUUCAAGAGCAUAUCUUUAACAAGAAAGUUGGGUUUCUCGGAUGUUAUCAUGCCAGGGGAUGUCAGGAAUGACCUUUACAUGACGCUUGAGAAAGGAGAGUUUGAGAGAGGGGGGAAGACUACUGGCAAGAAUAUUGAAGUUACUGUGCUGGUGUUGGACAAUGAAGGGAAGCUGCUUCAGGAAUGCCUCUGGGGAGCAUCAGGGAUGGAAGGCAGCUCAGACUACCAGUCCAUGAUAGUGUACCAUGACAACGCUCCUUGCUGGGCUGAGACUAUCAGACUGACUGUACCCAUAGACAAGUACGCUACAGCCCAUGUUAGACUCGAGUACAAACACUGCUCUACAAAAGACAAACCUGACAACAAGAAAUUGUUUGGCUUCUCGUUUGCUCGGCUAAUGGAACCAAGUGGUGCAACUUUGCAGGACGGAGGCCACAGGAUGUUAGUGUACAGAUGUGGUGAGACAGCCAAGCUACACCCUGACCAGUACCUGGGACUGCCAGCCACCACUAGGGAUCUGCAGGAUAACAAUGCCACGUCUACGAUGUACGCGCGGAGCAACAAGGAGUGUGUCAGCAUACGCACCUUGUUGUGCUCCACCAAACUGACUCAGAACGUUGACUUGCUGUCGCUGCUGCAGUGGAAGACUCACCCUGAGCAAAUCAAAGUAGCCUUGGAGAGAGUGCUGAUUCUGAAUGGCGAAGAACUUGUCAAGUUUUUACAAGAUGUUUUAGAUGCGUUAUUUUCAAUAUUUUCAACUGAAGACGGAAACUCCAAUGACCAUUCUGGACCUGUCUUUCAUGUGUUGGUGAGUAUUUUGAGUCUACUAGAUGAUCCCAAGUUUGAACACUUCAAGCCAGUGAUGGAUGCCUAUAUUGAGGGACAUUUUGCUGCUGCUCUGGUGUACAAGGGUCUACUGACUAGCGUGAAGCAUUGUGCCACAUGGGUGAGGGCGACCCAUGAGCAGGAGGCUAUACAGAAGUGUUUCCGCUCCCUGGAGUACAUGUUCAAAUUCAUCAUUGAAUCGAGGUUCCUGUUUGCUCGAGCCAUGGGCAACCAGUUUGAAGAUAGCUUCAAGCGGGACUUGCUGGGUGUCAUGGCGGCACUGAAUGGCAUGCUGGUCCGCACCUACGACGUCAUCUUGCCCACACAGAUAGCUCUGCUACACAGUAUCUCUGCAGUGUAUGAUCAGCUGACUAGAGUGUUGGCCCUCACUGAUGUGGCCAUGCUGGCUGCGGAGAUGUUGGACAGUCUGCCUACUCGCACUACAGAGCUGCCUGCACAACUGACGCAGGCCAAGUUGGUUGCUAUACGUAACCUGGUUACUGGCAAGCUGUUCAAGCAAGAUGAUGAGGCAAGAUAUUUGCUGCUGAACACUUGCUGCAAACACCUGCGUAUGCAUCUGGCUCACAGGGACGAGCUGAGACUGUGCUCUGAGAUAUUGUCGGAGAUUCUGUCCUACAUCUUCCAACAACAGAGGCUGGAGCAGGUCAAUGGCAAGGUAAACAACAGUUUACACCUAGACCUGGAGAUCCUUUGCAGAGAUACAUUGGACAUGCUGAUACAGACUGUGCUUAUCAUCAUAGACAGAUCCCCACCUGUGCUGGGAGGACUGGUUGCCUGUCUGGUAGGUCUACUGCAGCUGCUGGACGAGUACCACUACAGGAAGGUGUGGGAGGAGCUGCGGGAACGCAAGCCACUCAAGGACUUCCUGCUGCGGGCGUUCCUGGUGCUGCGUAUGCUGGUGCGCCAGGAUGUGUUCCCACCGGACUGGCUGGUCAUGAAGAUGGCCGCCAAUCAUGUGAUCCUCGGCGCACUGCAGGAACUGGCUCACCCACUAGUGCUGCGCUUCCUCGACUCACGCUGCCACUUUGACUGCCAGGUAUGGUCAGACUAUUUCAACCUCGCUGUAGCCUUCCUUACGCAGCCAUCAUUGCAGUUGGAGAAGUUCAGUGAAGUCAAACGUGGGAAAAUUGCCACAAAAUACGGAGACAUGAGGGUAAAGAUGGGCUUCCAGAUACUGUCUGUAUGGUCAAAGCUGGGUGAACAUAAAAUAAAUUUCAUCCCAUCAAUGGUUGGACCUUUCUUGGAAGUGACUCUAGUGCCUGAGCCAGAACUGAGGAAAGCAACUCUUCACAUAUUCUUUGAUAUGAUGGACUGUGAACAGAGGGUGCAUGGAAACUUCAAACAGGUGGAGUCUGAACUCAUUGAUAAGCUUGAUAUCCUGAUAAGUGACAACAAAGGAGAUGAUGAGUACAGACAACUGUUUAACACAAUGGAACAUCUCAGUUCAGUAUUGCUGGAGAGAGUUCAGCAGGAAGACCCUGCGUGGAAGGAGAACGGCUCGGCCUUCAUCACAUCUGUGACACGACUGUUGGAGAGACUGCUGGACUACCGCAGUGUCAUACAGGGUGACGAGAACAGGGACAAGCGCAUGAGCUGCACCGUCAACUUACUGAACUUCUACAAGAACGAGAUAAACAGGAAGGAGAUGUACCUGAGGUAUAUUUACAAGUUGCACGCACUGCACGUCCCCGCAGACAACUACACAGAGGCCGGGUUCACAUUGAAGCUGUACGCAGACUCUCUACAGUGGAGCAACAGAGCUGUGAUGUCAGAUCCUCUGGCGCAGGCCGAGCAGCCGGAGUGGCAUCGCAAGGAGCAGCUGUACCACCAGAUACUGCAGUACUUUGACAAGGGCAAGUGCUGGGAGCAAGGUAUCCCGCUGUGCAAGGAGCUGGCUAACUUGUAUGAGAAGAAGUUGUUCGACUACGGCAAGUUGAGUCACAUUCUGCAGAUGCAAGCCAAGUUUUGUGACAACAUUCUCACACUGCUCAGACCCGAACCCGAGUACUUCAGAGUUGGCUUCUACGGCCUCAGCUUCCCUCUCUUUCUAAGGAACAAAGUGUUUAUCUACCGAGGCCUGGAGUAUGAGAGGAUAGAGGCCUUCACCCAGAGACUACAAACAGAGUUUCCUUCAGCUCAGAUAAUGUCCAAGAACAGUCCUCCAUCUCACGCAAUACUCAACUCUGAUGUUCAAUACAUACAAAUCUGCAAUGUGAAGCCUCUGCCAGAUAGUGGGCCUCCCCAGGACGAUCCUCCGCUUGCCUCGGUUCCGUUCAAGGUGGCCAGGUUCUACCAAGUGAACCAGGUGUCUCGGUUCCAGCUGGACCGGCCGAUACACAAACCUCCCAUAGACAAGGACAAUGAAUUCAAGAGUUUGUGGCUGGAGCGGACGUUGUUGGGGAUCAGUUCGCCACUGCCAGGUAUACUGCGGUGGUUUGAGGUGGUGCAGUCGUCCACUGAGGAGGUGCCGCCAGUGCAGUUCGCUUGUGAGACUGUGCAGAACGCUAAUAGCAAACUAAACCAACUGGUUACUACCUAUGUGCAAGACCCCAAGCGAAACAUCAACCCUCUUAGCAUGAGGCUUCAGGGAAUGAUAGACGCCAAUGUGAUGGGAGGGAUCGCUAAGUAUCAAGAGGCAUUUUUCACUCCAGAGUUCAUCAGGAGUUGUCCUACAGCAGCCUCUCAUGUUCAGAGGCUUUACACACUCAUAGUUGAACAGGUGGACAUCCUAGCCAGUGGACUGGUGGUACACGGACAGCUGGCCCCUGCUGAGGUACAGCCUCUACAUCGUAGAUUGCAGGAGAGACUAGACCAGCUGAGAGUCAGCAUCAAGCGACCCAUGGACAGCAUUGUCAACACCCCUCUACCUCCUGUGCCAUGUGCUGAGCAGUAUUGCAACACUGUGGGGUACAACCACUUCAGUGCUCAGGAGGACGAUAUCUACAGCAAACCUCUGGAGUUGUCAGAAGCACUUGAUGGCAGAGACUCUCCUCCUCCAGCCAUCCCUGUCAGGCCAAGGUCUACUGGGACUAACUCCAACACUAGUGGUGGAGAUGGUAUGAAGAGACACCAGAGGUCGCUCAGUAGAGUACAGUCUCAGAGGCUGUCUGAUGGUGGAGGUGAAACUGCAGGGGGUGGUGAGGAGGCUCCACCUCUACCCCCUCGGACCACCCCAGACAAGAGGAACAGUGGAGAAGUACCUCCUGCGCCUCCUAAACGACUGCCUAGUCGUAAGGAUUCUGAAGGGGCUGCGGACUGUGCAAGCUUGUUACGAGACUCAGGCUACUCAGAGAAUAGUAACAAUCUGUCGGGGUACGAGGAGUGGGUGUUGCCCCCCGCAGUGUCCCCCCGCACACAGGGGCCCCCGCUGCCUCCACCCAUCCCUCCUAAGGCACCAACACAUGCUGAUGAGUCUAGCCAUGUAGCCGCAGUCACCAGAGGAGCCGUAGAGAACUACUCGGUACCCAGACUACAAAGUAACAUUCCAGACCCCGACCACGAUACAUAAGCAUCAAUGGUCAACAUUUAGUGAUAUUUCUUCUAAGAGCUUUUUAUACUUUAACCGCACUAGUAAGUGGGAAUUUCUUAUUUUCUUACAUUUCUUACAUCUUAUGAUGUUAUUUUUGGCACAACUAGUUGCAAAGAAUUUUUUAUUAUCGCGAGUUCAAAAUGUUUUUCACUUCCAUAAUCAUAUUUUAUUUUGGCUUGAAAGUUUUAGAAUUAUUAUCAGUUUUAGUUGUUGUAAUCUUUUAAGUAAACCUCAAUAAUCUUUUUAAACAUAUGCUUUUCCAAAUUUUGUUAAUGUUAAAACCACAAACCCUUGAAAUUGUGCUUCUAGCAACUUGUGUAUCCACUAUUCUAAACUGCUUAACACAAUCUUUAACAUGUUUUAAUGUUUUGAUGGAGGUUUAUGUAAACUUUUUUUAAACACAAAACAACAUAAAAGUUGCAUAUUGAGUAAUUUAAUUCUACGUUUUAUUUUGGGAAUAUGCCAGAUAAAGUACCUUAUGUCUUGUGCAGACCUUUUAUAGGGGAGUGAGUCAGUAUUAUAGGUAAAGUCAUUGGUUGGGUUUGAAUCCUAGUUUCAUUGUGUAUUUUGAAACAGUAUAAUUAAUUAUUAUUUGUACACUGCAUUUUACCUCUGUGGCAUUGCUUAGAGUGUUUUUUCUUGCUCCCAAUAAGUAAAACUUAAGUAAUAUUAACAAAUAACUAUUAUCAAAAUAUCUUGGACAAUACAACAAAUUUCCUUUUUUUUCUCAUUUACCAUGGCUUGAAUGUAAUAGUGGUUUAACUACUGUUAUUGAUUAUACAACUACAUCCAAUUUGAAAAAAGUACAAUCAUUAGGUAUUUUAUUUAAUCAUAGUACUGUAAAAACUAGGUAGAAUUUAAUGAUCUAGAAAACUACUAUAUUUCAUCAGUAGGGCGUAAAUUGACUCUUUUUCGGCCAGCUUAAGUUUCAUGAGGUGAAACCAAGGUCGGAAAAUGAGCAAUGGUUGAAUAUUUACUUUUUGGCCAUGUGAUGAAUUACUAUAUAUUUUUCGUCAUAUCACAACAGUAACAAUCUUAGCUAGAAAAAUAAUACUUUUCAUGAAAAGAUAACCUCUCAAAACGACUUCCAACUUGUUUUCAAUUUUGUUAAUGCAAAUAAGCAGCUAUUUAGUAAGUGAUUCAAUAAUUUAGUCUAUUACCAUUGUGUUAGUAAAAAUUACUAUCGAUAUGUGAAGCUAUGGACAAGAAUGCAACAAUAAGCUACAACCGAUGUAUCAGUUGAUACAUAAUUUUGCGUAGUUUACAACUAUUUUUACAACAGCAGAUUUUUCUCCCAGGGAUAUAUGGUAGGGAAAUAUAAAAACAUCUGUUUUUGCUGCAGUAUGACGAAAAAGUAUUUUUUACUCAAGAUUACUGAUGUAUCUUCCUAUAAUUAGUUAUGACGAUGAUAGCGUUUCUGUGUCAAAUAGGUUUUUUUACGGGUAGUCUUCGUCUACCAACAACUGGAUUUUGUAAAUGAAUAGGAAAAAUAUUGAGAUUAUGACUUUAGCAUGCUCAAUAGAAAAAUUUAAAUUCAAGCUUAAUGAGUGUUACUUCUAAAAGGUUUUAUUAAUAAUUUUAAAAGCCAUAGAAAUUGAUCUUUAAUCGUACUGGUUUGAUUUUGUACUUGGUUUGAUUGCUUUGAAGUUGUAUUGAAAUUAGAAAAUGUUUGGUAUAAUGUCACUAGGCAAACGGCUUUAUUGGUUUAUAUAUAUUUUAAAUCUGUUGAGUCUUGGAUAAUAUCACCACCUUAAAAUAUACAGUAGACUCCCUCUCAUCCGGACUCCUCAGGACCGAGGCCAGUCCGGAUAACGGUUUUUCCUGUUAAACCGACAUCGCCAAAAACUCGUUAAAACGGACCGUUUACUGUGAUAUUCGACUUAAAUUUAGGAGAGUAUUGUAUUUAGACAUGUGAUCACUGGUCUCAAAUCUUUCCCACGAGAACAGUCGUUUCAGUACCUCCCACUUUCGCCGAUCUAUUCUGGUUAAACCAAUGUGCUGAUAAAAAAUUUCCGGUUAAAGAUAUGUCAUUUCCGCCGAGUGUAGUCCGGUUAAAAGGUGUCCGGAUAAGAGGGAGUCUACUGUAUAUAUAAUCCAAAAUUAAAAAAACCUGUAUUUAGAUAUUUUUAACUUAUUACAUUUGUUAAUUGUACAUGAUAACUAAUAGGCCUAUGUAUCCUACAAUGUAAUUUUUUUGUAUAAAAUUAAGGAUUUAAAUAUUUUAAAGAUUUUUUCAGCCACUUACAGUGCAAAAAAGUACAAAUAAUACAUCAGUGAUGCUUUUGUUUGUAUAGGUUUCAAACAGUAAACCUGUAAACCCUUAAAAAGUAGCUAUGAAAUAAUGUGUUUUAUAUUCUUGUAUUUUCGAAGUUGAGAAUCCAGAAUUUGUUUAAGUUUUUCUCUCUAGUUGGUCACCUUAUUGUAAUUGGUGACCAAUUCAGAAAAAAAAUAAUUCUGUUCAAAGCCAAAUCUAUCUCUCUAAUCUUCUCCAGCUGAGUUGAGGAAUACGUAAAUACAAUUCAUACAAGAUUGAUAGGUGACAUUUUUCAAACAGAUAUAAAGAAGACUAGCUCAAAGAGUAAUUACAUUUUUAUUCACCAAUCAUGUAGUUUCUAAUCUGUGCGUGAUUCGAAAGUUUAUUUACGGUAUUUGGUUUCUGGAUUCUCACUUCAGAGGGAUAGUUUUGUCUAAUGGAGCUUAACUCUUAGUAACUACAACUGCCACUAACCAGGUUUUGUGCUCUGUACUCUUUUGUAACUCAUCUCUAUACUAUAUGAUGGAACGAGUAGUAAAUGUUGAAAGUAUACAACGAAUACAUUAUCAUCUGGCCUCAUAUCGGCUUCUGUAAAAUGCACUAGUCAAGUUUAGCUAUAGUCUAGUAUUAGUUGAAUUGUAUGAUAUAUUGUUGCCAACUUAUUAUAUUUUAUCUAGCUUAUUACUUUAUAGACUGAGCUUUGUUUAGCCAUUUGCACGGAUACCGGUAUUUGUUAUUGCAUGACUUAUUUUAUUUUUGUUGAUUCCUUUUAUGUGUUAAAAGUAUUUUUUUAACGAUUUUUGUAGUUUUGUAUAUUUUUAUACAUGCUGAAUAAAAGUUGUAAAUCUCCGUGUGUACAUGUAUCAUAAUUUGUAGAUGAUAAAAUUAUAUUUUUAUGGAGUCGACAUUUAUAAUAUCUUAUUGUUGUGAUCCUGAUUGAAUUCAGUAUUUUUUCUGGACGUUUCUCGAAUGUGUAUCUAGAUUUACCUGAAAAGUAUACCUGAAAAUAUAUUUAGUAUUGGAAAAUGUGGUUAUGUUAAGUGUUUAUCAGUUUAAGCUUUGAACUGAAACAUUCAGUUUUGUAACUUGUCAUUCCUGUGUAAUUGUGUGUGUUUAUUUUAUCAUCCGUAAAACCAGUAUUAUAAAAUGGUUACGCCAACAUUACUGUAAUUAAAUGCUCAAA